CGAAUGUCAAAAAAAUUCAUUUGCCAGAAAUUUUAAAGUUAGCGCUGGAACUUGCCGACACUACUUACAUAUUGAUAAAAAUAUUUAGUAAUAUUUUUUUGCUCGCUACACACACUGCACAGCGAUGGAAUCUAAUAAUGUUAAGCGUUUGGAUGGUGAUACAAUAACACCACAAAUAAAAGGUCCAAAUGAUGAAUUAUUCCAAGCGGCAAAUAAAGCAUAUUUUAAUGGGUUCCGAAAGAUGGGUGUUAUACCAAGACCUUCCGAUAUAAUAGAAACACAUGAAACGCUUCCACACGUAUGUGCGCAAUGUUCGGAAGCAUAUUCAACUCCACAUUUAUUGGAUAUGCACGUUGCUGAAAUACAUGAUUCUUAUUUUGAAGCACUGGUCCGCAAAGGUGAGAAACCGAUGUAUGCGUGUUUCUUCAUGAACUGCAGCAUUAAAUCCUAUAGCUACGCUGAACGUAAUAAACACUGUGUGAAGGUACACAAGUUUCCAAAAAAUUUUAGAUGGUUUCAGUUGCGUAAAAAAGAGCAAGAGCGUCAAGCUGAUAUGGAUCCAAAGAAAGAGCAAACCAAUGAUAAUGUUGCAGCAGCAAAGGUUGAAAAAGCCGCACCUUCACAUUACAGAAACUUCACAUUUGGUCAUCAUAGGGUUAAAGCCUUCCAAGGCACAACAAAUCGUAAAGGUCCUGAGAAAACGGUUAAAGCCUUGGAAAAUUUAACUGAAAUGAAUGAUGCAUUAGAUGAAGUCUAAACAUUGCAUUUCAAUGUUUUCAGCAGUUAUUUAAUAGUUGAAAUAUUUAUUUAUA